AUGGCGGCCGUCAUCUUUGAGAUCGCAAUACGCACCUGUUUGAGACUAUCGAAAAGCAAGAAUUUGGCUGUAGAGUUGUUAAUCGACUCACUAUGUAAAGAGUUAGCGGUGCUGGGCUUUAUUACGAUUACUCUGUUUCUCGUUAUCAAUACUGGCAUGAUGCAGCGGUUGAAUGAUAAGUUCGUGGGGCAGAAUCAAACGGAACAGGCUGCUCUGGAGGAGAUCGAGGACGAAGGAGUGGAGCGGGUAGCGCCUCCGACGCAAUUGAAGGAGGUGUUUGAGUUUGUUCACAUCUUCGUGUUUGUGGUGAUGAUGACAUUUGUGGUCCAGUGUCUGAUUUUGACGGCGGGACUAUUGCGUUGGCCCCGUAAGCAGCGUCCUGUGGACACGAUUGCUGGGGACGAGAUUGAGAGGUUCGACAACGUGUUGCAGUUCUUGGAAUUACGAUUUUAUGGCGGAGGUCCGGGAGUGGCUUCUCUCUUGAACAAGGCUGACGAGAGUCUACCUUUGGUGCCGUUCGAGGACUACGCGGAGCAGGUGGUAUCCGAGCAGAUGGCUGAGUCGAUUGAGUUGCCCCCGUCGUCGCUAAUUGCACUGCUAGCGGUAACUUGCCUGUUGAGGCCGUUGCUCACAACAUCUGGUUUGGAGUUCUUGUUUUCCUUGUGCUUGUUGGGUCUGUUCCUCGUCAUCGCUGUCGGGUUGCUUUGGUACAUACAGAAACGCGCUACGCGGAAAUGCAUACCCAAAGUCGCCCCUGGCGUCCAGCCUCAACCUGUCCAGCCUGUUCUGCCUGGGCCUGCAGCUGAGCUGGACGAGCCUUCAUGGGAACACUUGGCCCUGUUGGAAAGCGCGAUGGACAGCCAGCCGUUGCUUUCCAAGGACUUUCUGGGCCGGUUGCGGAACCCGAGUGAGUCAUUGUUCCCGUUUCGGCGGCCGAGGUUCUUCUUGCGGGCCAUUCAAUUGACACUCGCCGCCCUCGCCGCGUACACGGCCGCCAUCUUGGUGUCCGUCACCAAUCGGUCACGAAGCCGCGAGCAGACAUGGGGUCUCGUCCUGAUGGUCCUACCGAACGGCUACAAGGUGUAUUUAGGUUACUUGUUAGUUCCACUGCUCCUACUUUGCGAGCAAAUCGCGCUGCAGCUCUGGCGACACACUUGUCGCGAGUUUGCAAUUACUUCCAAAACAGACUACCUCAGCGACCGACACUUGCUCAAUGAACUCAGCGAUAAAAAACGAAUUGAACAUGUCAAGCAAGACCAGCAACUCUGGCAAACUGUUUUGGACUCCAGGUCCUACGCAGGCAAGAGCAAAAAAGAUUUGUUCAACAGUCUAAGUCCUAGAGACCAACGAGCCUUCCGAGAGGUGUUUGCAUUCCUCGCCUCCAUAGCCGCCAAACGACGACAACGCGGAUCUCUCUCCCGUAGUGGCUCUCUCUCCCGUAGCGGCUCUCUCUCCCGCAGUGGGUCUGUGUCUCGAAACAACUCUGCACAUCAUCCGGCGCAUGGAGAGGAGGUGGAGCCGUUCAUCUACGCACAACAGAUCCCGACUGCUGCGCACUUGCUCGGCUUUAGCGCUACAGGCAGACUGCCCGACCUGGAAGAACAACACGUACGCGUCCAGGACCAAAUGUCGCUCGAGGAACUGGUCUAUACCAUCAUCACCGAGUAUGCACGACCCUACGCAGAUACCAUCGAAAAGAAGAAAGAGAGGGUCACAGCAGCUUCGUUCCUCUUCGAUGCCUUCGACACCGAGAAUAAACUGGAACUGACACACGCUGCGCUGGAGAUGGCGCUGAAAGAACUGCAUGGUGACCACGCCCUCGUCGAAGCCUCACUACGACGCUUCAUGAAGAAUGACACCACCAUAUCUGUAAGCAACCACCCCGAACCUCACUGGUUGGAAGAUGGUGUUAAUCACAUUGCCCCUGACGUAUUUGUUGUAGAAGCCCACGUUCGUGAAUCGUGUACGUUCACUAUUAGCAUCGUCCGUACCCGAAUAAAAAGCCAGAUUUUUUAA